AAAUACAAAAAAGUAAAAAGAGAAAGAGAUCAGUUAGGUUUGGUGAGUAGUGUGGUAAAGUCGAGUGUGGAAAUAUUGUGUUUGACGAAAUAACAAUCCCAGUGCCUUUCCCGGUGAUAAAUUUUUACGAUGGCUGAUGAAGUUUCAGAAAAUGGACACGCCGAAAACGGAGAUGUACCCGAAAUCGAAUUAAUCAUAAGGGCAUCGACAAUCGAUGGACGAAGAAAAGGCGCUUGUCUCUUCUGCCAGGAAUAUUUUAUGGAACUUUAUCUCCUAGCAGAACUCAAAACUAUCAGCCUCAAAGUUACUACAGUCGAUAUGCAGAAACCUCCUCCUGAUUUCCGCACAAAUUUCGAGGCCACGCCCCCUCCCAUCCUUAUCGAUAGAGGAAUGGCCAUUUUGGAGAAUGAAAAAAUUGAAAGGCAUAUCAUGAAAAACGUACCUGGUGGACACAAUCUAUUUGUUCAGGAUAAAGAAGUAGCCACUCUGAUCGAAAAUCUUUACACCAAAUUCAAGAUGUACGUGCGCAAAUACGAAUCGCCAGAUACUUCGGAGAGUAGACAACCACUUCUUUCCCAUUUGGAGCGCAUCAACGAUUUCCUCGCCAAAAGAGGAACCAGAUUCUUGACUGGAGACACAAUGUCCUGUUUUGACUGUGAAUUGAUGCCUAGGCUACAACAUAUCCGAAUUGGUGCAAAAGCCUUCCGCAAGUUCGAAAUUCCCACAACAUUCACUGCGCUCUGGACUUACAUGGCCAACAUGUACGAGUUGGAGGCGUUCAUUCAGAGUUGCCCCGCCGAUCAAGAUAUAAUCAGUCAUAUCAAGAACCAGCUCGGACUGAGAACGACAGCGAGGAUAGAGCUCGAAACUCCUGUGUAUUCUACUGCCAUUCCUGUGCUUGCCGAAUCGUAAGGCGAAUAUUUUGAAGAAGGGUCAUUUCGUGAAGUUGUAGUUAUUGAAUUUAUAUUAGAAUUGAAUUGGUAUUCACUUUUAUCUGUAAUUUUUCAGUAAGUACUUAAAAUUGAAUUACUUCUUCAAAGCUUUCAGCUUUGAAAACUCCAUUAUGGAAAAAAGAUAUUGAUUUUGCAGCGCAAACAAAGAGUGAUUUCAUGAAAUAGACCCUUCAGAGUUGCUUUUCAUGCUAUUUUAAAUUUAGACCUAGUCAGUGAAAAAAAACUCCAAAAUUUUUUCUAGCUGAUUCCACACAAAUCAGUACGUAAUAUGUAUGUAAAAGCAUUUUAUACAAUGUGAUGAGAAAUAUUUAUAUAUACCAGUUGUUUCUUGUACAUAUGCUAUUUCGGUUCGUAAAGUUUCAGUUUUGAUUAUUUUAAUUUAUCUAGCUGGAUGUAAAAAUAUUUGAAGAGCAAUCGCUUUUCUUCAUUUGAGUUGUGUAAAAUUUGAAGUUUUCUGUUGUUCUGGAGUUAUUGUACUGGAAUAAUUUUUUAGGUGUUCUUUGUAUUUUUAAUAACCUUGUUUAUAACCAAGAGAACAAUCCAUAAUUAAUAAAGGUGUAAAAUAUUUA